GCUAUUAUGUCCUCCAUUACCUAAAAAUGUGGGCGGGGCUUAAUGACGUCACGUGGGCAAUAAAUGUCCAGGGGUUCUUGAGGCGUCGAGGGGCCGGAGCUUCAGAUGCCGGAGGCGGGAACUGUGAUGUGUGUCAGCGUGAUCCCGCAACCUGUCGACGCCCUCUGCUGUCUACCGCUGCUUUAAAUCAACCAUUGCGCCAAGGUGAUGGGGCGUUGUGGCCAGUGGCUGGGGGUGGUGUGGGUGUGGGCAGGCGUGGGCGUACUGGUGAUGGGCGGUGUGCAGGUGUACCGCAAGAUGGGCAGUGGGCGGUGUGGGGAGACUUACUACGCUCUCAUCACAGCCACGCCCAUCCUCUGCGCCAUCAUCUGCCACAAUAACAAUGACUGUAAGGGGUUCCAGACGGGGAUGGAGGUGAAAGGUCAACUUGGGGUCACCUGUGAACUCCUCCAGACGCUCUCCGUACCUGACCUCAACCAAGACUUCGCCUGUUACACUGCAGUGUCUGACGGCGGCACGUCAUCGUCGGAAGUCACCACCACACCCACCACAAGUUCCUACUCUUCUCCCGACCCCAGCUCAUCCCAAGUCCCGACUACCACCACACCCGAAGGCACGACUACCAUUACCACCACCACGACGACAACUACACCUGCUCCAGUCUACUCAGCGAUAAUUCGUUUACGCAAGGAGGUGAUGGGGCGUUGUGGCCAGUGGCUAGGGGUGGUGUGGGUGUGGGCAGGCGUGGGCGUACUGGUGAUGGGCGGUGUGCAGGUGUACCACAAGAUGGGCAGUGGGCGGUGUGGGGAGACUUACUACGCCCUCAUCACAGCCACGCCCAUCCUCUGCGCCAUCAUCUGCCACAAUAACAAUGACUGUAAGGGGUUCCAGACGGGGAUGGAGGUGAAAGGUCAACUUGGGGUCACCUGUGAACUCCUCCAGACGCUCUCCGUACCUGACCUCAACCAAGACUUCGCCUGUUACACUGCAGUGUACGUCGCCACACCCGAAGCCACGGCCACUCCCGAAACCACGGCCACACCCGAAGCCAUGGCCACACCCGCAACCACGGCCACACCUGAAGCCACGGCUGCACCCGAAACCACGGCCGCACCCGAGACCACGGCCACACCCGAAGCCACGGCCACCCGAAACCACGGCCACACCCGAAGCCACCACACCCGGGCCACACCUGAAGCCACGGCUGCACCCGAAACCACGGCCGCACCCGAGACCACGGCCACACCCGAAGCCACGGCUGCACCCGAAACCACGGCCGCUGAAACCACGGCCACACCCGAAACCACGGCCACACCCGAAGCCACGGCUGCACCCGAAGCCACGACCAUCGCCCAGAGUAACCAAGCCAUACUGUGUAAGCCCCUGGGGUACUGCGCGGUGAAGAGGAUCACAAUGAACGCUCUCGGUAUCGUGACCAGCAUAGAGCACCGGGAGUAUGAUAACGCCCUCACCUCCAACACCAUCAUCAACAGCAACAAGUUACAGAAGGAGGAGACCUGCCCACAGAACGCCAUCGUCGUCGGCUUCGUCUGGAGUUCAAACUCGUGGCAACAGAGUGUGUGUGCCGAGGUAGUGCAGGGACGACCUCUGCCCCUCACAAACUGUCGUAGCGAGAAGGUUGACAGCUCACUGCGCCUCGACUGUGACUCAAACUCCUUGGCUACCAGCAUCACGCUGGAAAGUGGAGGCGGCAAAUUCUAUCGUAAUUACGUCGUUUGUUGCUCUCUCGUUGAUUAACACGGCACCAUCAACGCGACAAGAGGCAGCUAUAGGCCCGCCCUAACCCCAAGUGGAACAAAUCUAAUCCCAACUUAUUACCAGGAUUAGGGCCAAUUAGGGGUGACGUCCAUUAGGACUGGGUUACAUUAAGACUAGGAUUUAGGGAUUGGAUGCUAUUAGGAUCAGAGCCUAUUAAAAUUGGGACCCAGUAGUACUAGAACCAAUUUGGAUUAGGAUUGGUACCUAUUAAGAUUAUAACCUAUUAGGAUUAAAACAAGUUAUACUGAUAUAUCACAGAAUCACCUAGACACAUAAAAGCUAACAGUUAUAUUUUUGCUCCACAAGAACUUUACAUUUUAAAUAAAUCCUCUGAAAUUUGGCAUCCUUAUUUCCUGCAAUGUUUUCACAGGAAGCUUCUGCAAUACUUUCCAGAACAAUUAGCUCUGCCAACACCCACACGAUCCGUAAUUAUUUCGUCCAGUUUACCAUUUCUAGCAAAAUACAGUAAAUAUACCUUAAAAAUACUUCAUUUUAAUAACUUGCACUCAAAAUGAAGACCAAGUCUGUUUCCAAAUGUCAAAGAUAAAUAACACUUGUGCAUGACGAAGAUUAAACCACCAGCCAAACGUCGCCCACUUCCAGCACAACACAAACUUUCAAACAUAUUAGAAUUAUGUGAAAUAAUUUUUGUCCAAAUGUUUCAAAAUGUUCUUCUGAAAGUCUAAUAUGAGUUGGCUUCCUGGACCCAGCUAUCCCCAACCCCCUAUAGUUUAAUGGGUCGCGCCACGGUCACCACCAUCUGAAUUUCGACCUUAAUCACAACCAAUUGUUAAGAAAUUGCCAGCACACUCCUGGAUCGGAGUCCAUUAAAGUGAGGCCUGUCGACAUUAUGCAGCAAAUAUAACCAUUAGUCAUAAUUAGCUACCUGCUCAGUGAGAUAUAUUAACCUUACCUUAGAAACUAUAACGUGAAGGACUUACCAGGUCAGAAGACUAAGUUGAAUGGUGGGGCAGUUCAGGCAGUGAUGACAGACAACUAUACAAUAUGGAACUGUUCAGUGAUACAAAGAACUUUACUUGAUCUUAAUUUCAAAGGUUUACGUUUAAUAAAUUUGGUGAAUUUAUAAUUUCACACCGGUCUUUUUUUCACUUAUCAAUAUAUAUCUCGUAAUGCUUACAUAAUUCUAAGACAUUUUUCUUCUAUGAUAUUUCCACCGGAAAUUAAGGAUAACCGAGAUAGUCAUUUUUCAAGAUUAUAACU